GGGUAUGACAACUACUCGUCCGAAAAGAAAUGUACGCAACCUUACUCCAGCUCCACCAGUCGAGGAUGACGCUACAAUCGUGCGCAGCACAUUGGACCGCAUCCUUUACACAGUGGACGUAAUUACCAGAUUCGACCAAACACGGCGUGAUAUUGCCGCUGUGCACCGAGGAGAGAGCGAUAAAACGAUGGCUCAGGUGAUGGCAGAAUCGAGGUGGCAUGAACAUGCUUCGAAGGCGAAAAAGGAGUUUCCCAUGGGAAGCAGUGCAAAAAAAAAGAAAAGUUAUGAAGAGGAGGAAGAGGAAGAAGAAGAAGAAGAAGAUGAACUUCCAAGCACCUCUUCCAAGCCCAUCAAAACUCCAAAACCAACACCCGAAAAAAAGAACACACCGUCUAAAGCAAAAUUAGCGGCUAUGAAGAAAAAAGCUGAUGCCGCAAGGCGGAAGGCUCAACGGGAAGCGAAAAAGUUGGAAGCACUGGGAGAAAAGCAAGAGGAAGAUGAUGAAGACCCCGAUGACAGUUUUGCAAUGCCGAUAUUGGAGAGUUCAGUGGAUACACCGGGAGAAGCUCCAAAAGAAGAAAUUGAAGAAUCUACGAUCCCAGCUGCUGAACUUGAGAUGGAAGAUCUCACAACGGUGGCUCCAAGUAUUGAAGAAACUAGUGGCCAGGCUCCUCCAGUUAUUGAAGAACCUAUGUCGGAAAGCAACACGGAAGAAAUUUACGAGGAGUCCCCAAAAAUUGAAGAACUGACGAUUAAGGAACCGGUGAUUGAAAAUAUAUCAUUUAACAAUGAAAUCGCGGAACCACUCUUCAAACCAACAGAAUUAACUAAAAAUACAAACCCAGUCAAUGAGAUAGAAACACCUAUAACGACAGAGGAACUUAUCACAGAAACUCAAAGCACAGUUGCUGAAAAUCCGACAAGCCCUGAAGUAACUUCUGGGCAAGACCUACAUCCCAAUGAACAAUCCGCAGAAAAACCACAAGGAUCUUUGUCAGAGAAAAUUCCAACUAAAGAAGUUGUCUGCGAAGAACCUGAGGCUAAGAAGCCACGAUUUGAGCAAGAAGUCGCCGAGAAGUUGCAAGAACCUACACCGCCAAAUCCUGAAACUCAAAUUGCGUCUGGUCGUGGCCACAUUUCUGAAGAACAAGAAAUUAACUAUGAAAAACAUGCUGAAGCUUCAUCAAGUGAUGGAAUGGAAAUUCAAGUUUUUGAAGAAAAAUCUCGAAAUGAGAAAGAAGGAAUAUCUACUGAAAACAUUCCAUUGGAGCAAAAUCAAGAUAUCUUGUUGCAAUCGAAGACUUGGAAACCAUGGCUUGGUGAAGAAGUUGAACUCUACCCGCUGGAUCUUCUGCCACCCGAAGACGAUCUGCCUGGACGCGUAUGGUGCCCACCAAGAGGCCAAUGUCAAGCAACAUGUGAACAGGUGGUUGACAUCGGUCCUUUAACAGAACUCGAAACACUUGACCUGUCGCUUUGUCCUGAAUUCUUGUCAAUUUUGGAUCAAGACCGGGGAGAUUUGAUUAUAAAAAGAAUGUUGGAGCUGCAAAUUCCGUAUCUCGAAAUGAAGCUGCUGGAUUCGAGAAUGAGCGAUCGGGACAGAGAGGCAAAUGUUAAGCAAUUGGAAUGCUAUGAAAAACAACUUGAAGAAGUCCUAGAAAAGGAUGCAGUUCUCCGGUUGAAAGUUUUGUGUCUUCCCCAGAGUCCCAUGCCAGCAAUUCCAACACAAAACCAGAGUAUUGAACGUUACUAUCGGUUCAAACCCACGUGGUACACUAGCAGUCGAGUUUGGUUCGACAAGUCUUCCCGUAAUCGAGGCCAAGUUACCCAACAAGAUUUUUUGGAUCAAUUCCAGGAAACAACUGAUCCCACAGUUCUGAAUUUUCAAAAGGAAAUGCUAGAGAAAACGAAACAAGUUGAAGAUGAAGCUGCCGAAGAAAAAAUAAAAAAUUUUCAACUUCCACUGGUCUACGAUUUGCACAAACAACCUCCUCUUCUCCGAGAAAGAAUGAUCCAGUUCCGUGAAAAACUUGCCCGCAUGUACCAGUAUGAAGACUUCGAAAGGGUUCAUAUGACAGAUCCCGCAUGUCGUGAAAUCUGGAAAAAACUCAGACCGAUCCCGUUUGAAAAUGGAAACGUUAUGGAUGAAGCUGAAGAAGAACUAACGGCGCUUAUAUCAUUGUACAAAAAACAGUUUGCUCGGGAGAACCCAGUAAUUCCACUUCCGCGGGCAAAAGACGAGCGUCGGCCUACUGAUUCGGAAAUUAUGAAAGCAGCCGACAGAUGUUUGAAAGAUGUGGUGGAUACAGUUGUGAUUCGUGACCUGGCCGAUUUGCCGACAUACCCAUACCGUUAUCCUGCUCACAACCGUGCAAUCUGAAACUUCUACUCUAGUAGCAUCAACUAAUCAACAAUUUGUAUGAAUAAAAAUUAAUCAAAGUCACUAAAAAUUUACUUGUCGAUUUAUGUAUCAAAAAACUAUCAGCCCAAACAAAAAGUUGUACUCUCUAUAUAUAUUUUGGAAUUUUUAAAGUUUGUAUUAUAUUGAAUGUUUUUAUUUUUCCUGUUUUCCUGUCCAUGGCUUUAUUCUUGCAAUUUUCUCCACCUCUCUCAGUUAAUCUCUACUUUUCAAUUCUGCCAAAAACCUCCUCUGAAACUCGCAAUUUGUCAAUGUUUCCCUAUCCCACCUGUACUAUCAUUUUCUAAAUUAAUAUUUAAUUUCCUGAUAAAUAUUUGUGAAACACAA